GUCUUCUAGUGGCCACUUCCUGCACGAUAACGUGCCACGUCUCGGGAUGCAGUGGAGCAGAGCGUUAACGUGCAGCUGGCUGGUCUGAGGCUGUGAUGCCUCAGUAAGGUGUCAUCCACCAUGACAGAGUUGAAUUGAUGCACACCGAAUACAAAAUUGGUGACAAAUUAAAUUGCAUUGUAAAGGUAUUUGUAUGUCCUAAAAAUGGGUUACUGCACCUUUAAUUGCAAUUUUGAUGCAUACACAUUAAAAAAAACAAAAAAAAAAACAAGAUAGAAACAUAAAUUUAUAUCAUUGUAAUUGUUCAAUGCAUUGCAGUUGUUUUGCGUUUAUAAUUCCCCCUUCCCCUUGUUUCUCACUGUGAAAACUUCCUCGUGUUUCUGACACGAGAAGGAAAAACCUGUUUUUUUUUUUAGUUUUCCUCCUCUGACAUGUUUGAUCAUAGACGUGAUAAAACGAAGAUGCGUCACUCUCAAUGUUUUUAUUUGUAUUAUUACGUGCCGUAAGUUAAUAGAAAACCCCCGUUAAUUUGGUUCAUACGUCAAUCAGAACGAUUUAAGUUAACGAGAUGACACUUGAAAAGAGGCAGGGUGAAGAAAUAUGGCGUUUUUUGCUGGAAAAAAUACGCCGAAUCGAGUAUUGUUUUCGAUGCUCAUAGACGAUCUUCGGUUUGACCCGAACGGCAGCGACCCCUUGCGUCCACAUGACGCAACGGCUGCUUUGCAUAUCCUGUUGACUCAGAUGAUGAUGGCGACCUGGAGACGAGGCUAGCCGCCGAUCCUCACUGCAUAGAUGCUCUGACCAAAGGACAAAACCUAAGGCAAGACAGAGAAAAAAAAGGCUGAUCUCCAAUGAUGGACGGGUUUGCGGGGGACAUGCUGAGCAGCGGCCGGGCGAGGCUGGAGGACAGCUCGGUGAUGGCUCGCAUGCAGAAGAAGUUUUGGAACACCAAGCAGGUGCUCUUCAAAGUCACGGGCAAGAAGGAGGACGAGUACGUGGUGGCGUCGGACGCCGACCUGGACGCCAAGCUGGAGUUCUUCCGCUCCGUUCAGUCCACGUGCACUGAGUUGCUGAAGGUGAUCGAGAAGUAUCAACACAGGAUCACACGCUUGUCCCAAGAGGAGAACGAGCUCGGCCUGUUCCUGCGCUUUCAGGCCGAACACGACCGCACGAAGGCCGGCAACAUGAUGGACGCCACCAGCAAGGCCCUUUGCACCUCGGCCAAGCAGAGGAUGGCACUUUGCCCGCCGCUGCAGCGCCUGCACCAGGAGGUGGAGACGUUUCGGCGGCGCGCCAUCUCCGACACGCUGCUGACCGUCACCCGCAUGGAGAAGGCCCGCACCGAGUACAGGGGAGCUCUGCUCUGGAUGAAAGACGUGUCCCAGGAGCUGGACCCGGACACCUACAAGCAGCUGGAAAAGUUCCGCAAGGUCCAGUCCCAGGUCAGAGGAACAAAGAGUCAGUUUGAGAAGCUGAAGAACGAUGUUUGUCAGAAGGUGGACAUGCUGGGAGCGAGCCGCUGCAACAUGCUGUCCCACUCCCUCUGCACCUACCAGACCACUCUGCUGCAGUUCUGGGAGAAAACAGCCCACGCCAUGUCAGGAAUCCAAGAGGCCUUCCAAGGACACGUGCCAUACCAGUUCACCACACUCAAGGACCUACGGGACCCGCUGGAGCAAAUAUCGGACACGCAAGAACAAGAGCAGAAGAAGGAGAAGGCUCUGCAGAGCAACACAGACAGCCUGGUGUCCCUGGACGAUGACAAGCCUUCUGAUGCAGACAACACCCUAAGCAGCGACGGCCAGAGUCAAACCAGUGACGGAGCUCUGCGCGACCUCAGAGGACCGUCGGCGGCCUCUGACGACGACCUGAUGCUCAUGGCCUGCGACCUGCCACGGCCCCCGCCCCCUCCAAACGCCCCCCCACGGCUCCAGCUUCAUUCACAAGCUGGAGACCAGAGCGAUCCCUGGGGCUUUGGAAGCGCCCAGUCCAGCCUGUCAGGACCGUCUGCCGCCGGCGGGACUCUGCUCUCAGGAGGUCCCCCCCUCCACGGGACCGAGCCGAGGCCAGAGGAGGACGAGGGCGAGCGGCGCAACAUGGACUUCCUCAAAGACCUCCUCAGCCCGGGCCCGGGGGCCAGCGACGAGUUCAGCAGAGAGUGGAACGACGCCUUCGGGCUGUUCGACGCUCCCAGCGCCUCCCCGACGAGCGCGGGAGCGGGGGCGGCGAGCGGCGGCGGCGGCGUCCCCGCGGCGCGUCCCCCCUCCAACCCGCCGAGCCCCACGGGCUUCCUGCCCUCACAGCUGCUGGAUCACAGCCUGGGAUCCACAGGCUGGGCGACCCCACCCAUGUUCCAGGCUCCUCCCCUGCAGCCGCCUCCCGGCCAUAACCAGUCAGCUGAGCCAGCUCCAAGUUCAGCUGCUAAUGCUCCUGCAGGAGGAUCCAAAGACAUGUCUGCCUGGUUCAACCUGUUCGCAGACCUGGACCCCCUCUCUAACCCCGACGCCAUCGGACGCUCCGCAGACGAGCUGCUCAACGCCUGAAGUCGUGUGUGUGCGCGUGUGUGUGUGUGUGUGUGUGCGUGCAGCAGCAGCAGCGUCCGUUUUCUCUCCAAGGAUCCGGAUACUCGCAGCCUCUCAUGUUAUCGACCAAGUAAACAAACAAACACACGCGUUCAUUCGUUCCGCACACGCUCGCGCGAUUCGACCUCCGUUUGCGUUAACACUGGAUAAUAAUAUAAUAUUUUACACUGGAAACACUAUCAGAUGAGACGAUUGUCGCGCAGCGCCGUGAGAGACUGUUAACGCUGCACACGAAGCCACCGACCCCCUCCCCCCCCGCACACAGCGAACCUCGCACGGUUUAAUCCGGACGCUGCCGCUUUUCUGUCUUUUCUCCACGUUUGCGUUGUUCGGGUGUGUGUAUGUUGAGUUUGCUGUGUACAAAUCAGGAGUGUGUAAAAAUAUAUACACACACACAUAUAUAUAGAUAUAUAUACAAAUACAUAUAUACACAUACAAAGGGCCUGUCACUGAGCCUGUAUUGAGUUGCAGUUGAAGCUCCAGCUGCACCAGGGGUCUGUGUCAUGAGCCCAGAUCGGUGUAGACGACCCUGCUGCUCAGCCGAGGCCUUAAACUGUGCACGUACCGACACAGACGCUUAAAAUUAGAUCAUUUCUGGAAAACUGUAACUAAAAAAACAAGCAAAUAGUACAACGUUGUGAGCUUUGUGUGUAUAGUUGCUGCUUCGCGUCUUCGUGACGUAGCCACAGCUAGCAUUAGCUAAAAUGAAAGCUAACUGCUUAGUUGGCACCAAACACUACAUAUAGCAGAGGGAUAUCUUAUUGCUAUCUGAGGUUUUAAGCUGUACUUUGUCUUUUAGGAGAACAAAAUAUUUAAUAUGUUCUUAUUUCCUCCGUGGCUACUAAGCGUUCGUAUCUGUGUGUGAGCCAUAUGCAUGCUGUUCCCAGGCCCACCUCGUAAAAAGCUCCAGGAUUACCAGAGCUAGACGUGAUACAGACCCUUGGACACACUCUGGACGCUGAACACCAGUCUCAGUCUGAAGCUUGAACCAAUCCACUGCAAUCCUCACAGAGGCCCGAUUGUGUUGCCGCGAGACUGAACUGGAGUUGUGUUACAGGCUCAGUGAAGAUUCACUCUGUCCAAAGUCUUUUUUUGUGUGUGUGUGUGUGUGUGUGACACUAACGGCCUAAUUUAAAGUCAUCUUCAGCCCCAUCUGCUGUUGAAUGCUACAAUCACAAGCCCAAAGCCGAGAGCUCAUCGUCCUCCCUUGUGAAAAUGUUUUAGUGCGGGGAUAUUUAUUGUUUUUGGUGGGGUUGCAAAUCUGCAAAAAUAACUGAAUGUGAUGCAGCAAAUUGUAUUUAUUUUCAAUUCAUGUCACUAUUUGCAAAAACAGUGCAGUAUAUACAAUAUAGAUUAAAACAAACAGUUGGAUUGUUUUGUGGGAAAACACUGGAGAACUGUUACUGUGUCACAUUUUUCUGAACAUUUUGUUAGUGUUUACGGAUGAUAUUAAGAAACAAUUUGUGGGUUUUAGUCGAGUUCAAUCCUCAGUUAUGUUUGUGUGCCUGUGAACUCGCACUCAGUGGCGCUAAGGUGAUCAGAGUGCAUCAUGGGAAGUCAAAAAAACAAUAGUUAAGCUGCACUUUAGCAUCUUAGCUUUUACACUAUGGGUAAUUUGUUCUGACUUUUUUUUUUUGAAAGGGAAACGCAUGAAGGAACUCCACGAUGCCUCCACCGAUACACACUCAUGAAAUAAAAGAAUGUAUUUCCCAAGUCAAUCACAGACACUUGAUUUAGUUCAACUAUGCCUUUUUAUUUCACUCAAAGGGGUUUUAACAGAUGAAAACUUGGCAGUUCUGUUUCCAAUAAACUGGACAAGCAGACAAA